AGAGAGGGGGGGGGAGAGAGGGAGAUGUUGGUCAAAUCAAUCAGUGUGUGUGGUCUGCUUGGGGGCCCUCCUCCUCACACAGUCUCCAUGUCUCAGUUCUAAUUGGAGCCGAUGAAAUUGUUCGAGUUUCAUGAUCGACUCAGGGGGAGGGCUGUACUAACGGCCAGCCAAACAGAAUGUAAUGAAGAGCUGCUAGACUAGGGUUGAAAUGAAUCCAUCGAGCAGUUUUCGAUGAUGACCAGGCCAAUCCGGGUCGAGUCAAGGAGGUAUUGAUUUUUACUGCACGGUGGAUGGACAUGGAACAUGUUGCAAUUGGCCAAUUGACCAAUUGAGGCGGUAGAUCAUCUACGAGAGAAUCUAUUCGACAACUUACCUCGAGAAAAUGCCAAAGCGAAGGGGAGCACACAUCAAGUCUCCGUGGGGAGAAACAAAGGUCUACGAGAGGGCUAGUCCCCACUUGCAUAUCACUCAAAACUGUGUCCCAUUGAUUUCUAAAUCAAGUUGUCUGCACACUUAUGGAGCAUACCGAGAAGCAUCAGAGUCUCGUGGUCAAGAAGCCAUUUUUUGUUCGAAAAUAUCUAAAUCGCUGGAGUUGGCACUCGUUCGGGACAUGGAAAUGUAGCUCCAUCGAUAUGAAAGUAAGCGAAAUUACUCACAUGAAAAUUUGAGAAAGAAAUUCAGGCGCUUUAUGGGAGCUUGGCUAUGUGCCUCACUCCAUCUGUGCGCACUCAGCAGCAGGCGCUGCAACACUGUCUCGUGAUCAUUGCUGACUGGAGUGCGUAAGAGGAAAUCGGACGACUCGGCAAGAAUUCUUCGAGGGAAGCAUGAAGACAAAAUAGAAAUGGUCUGUUUUCCCACUGUGUCAAUUUUCAGGAGAUUUUACCUCCUUUGACCUUGAUCCACCUCCUGCUCCUCGUCUUGUGCUUCUGGAGAAGAAGAGGAGGAGAUCAUGGAGCAGUAGAUCUCUACGUGUUUGUUACACAUGGCUGCAGGCUAUUUCCGCCGCAACGCUGAGGGGAAAUGCACUGGAUUACCACUACGAGUUCGCACGUUUGCACGGUGAAUUCAGAAAUCACGCCGGGUUGAGCUCAAAUCGAGCAUCGAGUGUCGAGUGAUUGGUCUGACGUAUACAAGAUCGGCAGUAACUGCGCGCUGUCUUGUCCGCUGCGGGGCCUUGCACGCACAAUGGACAUGGUGCAGAGAGGGCGGGGCUGCAGCACUUAGGCACAUGGAUUCAGGCGGGAAACAUUGCUCUGGGACACGGGACGAAGAAUCCGCGAUUCAUUCAAACCGAGACCAUUCAUCAAGACCACAAAUAUGGAAAGGUGGUUCGAUCUUCGAGACUGCCUGAACUGCUUUCGGGGUCAAUUUCUCGAGCUAGAUCGAGCGCCAGGGAAACAUGGGAUUUGCAGAUCAGACUGGUUGUCAGAUUUGGAGUCCUUUGAAUUUCAUUCACCCUGAGAAAGCUCGAUCUUUGUACAUUGAACAUGUGUACGAGCACUACUGCAAGUAUUGGUGCAGUACUCGUCAAGGAUUCUUGAGAAAAGCAAAAACAUUCCGAAAAGAAGACACGGAUGUGAACAUGACUGGCAAAGUUUGCAUGGUCACUGGUGCCAAUCAGGGCAUCGGCUACGCAAUAGCCCAAGCUUUUGCCUCCAGAGGUGCGAAGGUGUAUAUGGUCUGUCGAAACAAGGAGAGAGGAGAAAUAGCUGUAUCGAAGAUAAGAUCAGAAACGGAUAAUAAGAGGGUUUUCCUUGAGGUAUGUGACAUAUCAUCGCUUCAGCAAAUCCAGACUUUGACAUCACGCUUCAAUGACACGAAUCAACCUUUGCAUGUCUUGGUAAACAAUGCAGGGGGCUUAGAACUCACUCGGCGUGAGUCUGAAGACGGACUGGAGCUGAACUUCGCAACGAACGUUGCGGGUAUGUUCAGAAUCACAGAACUUCUGCAGCCGGCUCUAAAGAAAGCUGCACCUGACUGUCGUGUCAUUUCUGUCUCUUCUUCAAGAAUGUACUUGUCUUCACUCUCAAUGAGUCUUCAGUUCGAUGACGAAGGGAAGUUCAAUCCGAUGGAACACUAUCAACAAUACAAACGCUUGCAGGUUGCAAUUACUGAGUACUGGGCUAAGAUAUAUGGGCCUCAAGGAAUAGGCUUCUACAGCAUGCACCCAGGCUGGGUUGAGACAGAAGCAGUCAGAAGAAAUAAUCCCAAGCUAUAUGAAAAACAAAGAAAGUUCAUGAGAACUCCAGAGCAAGGAGCUGACACAGUCCUUUGGCUAGCCCUGAAGCCCAGAUCUAAAUUAGAACAGGGUGGCUUCUUCAUCGAUCGGUCCGCACGAGCAAAGCAUUUGCCUGGAUUUGGAACUUCCUACACCGAUGAAAGUUUUAGUACGACGAUGCGCGUAGUUCGUGAAAAGUGUACCCUCCUCAUGCCAUAAUUGUAGUAAAUUUAUUCUGUAACACCUGUAAAUAUAAAGAAAAAAAUUGGAGCCUUCUGUUUGGAUAUUUCACGUGGUUUUAAUUCCAAUUGAAUGAGGAACCUGAGGAUUGUGACUAAGACGUUUCUUUCCUCUGCAAAUUUUCGAAGACAAAUAAAUGUCGAG